GUGCUUUUUAAUAAUAAUAUACUACGAAAAUAGUAAAAUGACAUAUAUUUUUCCCUUACUACUGAGUUUUGUAAAAGAAUUUUAAGAAUAGGUUGUAAAACCUGUGGGCCUAAACCUGAUACUGCCUAAAAAAACUGUUACCAGUUUGAUGCAGACUUUUGCACGGGCAAUUGCUGAAAACCAAAACUGCUUCACACAUCUGCUUCACACAACGAUUUUCUGCUUACGAUCGACUUUGACACAUUAAUGCAACCACUCAAUAUAUCAACAACGGCAGAGAGUACAGGUGCACGUUCACAAACUGCAAACAACUUCAGGCUCUUGCAACACGCAGCUCAAUUCGAUCUCGACUUCAAUUGCUCUGCGAACUCUUUUCUGGAACCGAGCAUGACGGACAAUCAUCCACUGACAUUCAACACGAAUAACACAAUGGAUUAGACUUCAGACCACACACACAAGCUACGCAAUGACUCGGACACUAACACAUUGCUCAGCACUACUGGUGGUACCAUUGAUCUCACGAAAGUAAGCAUUACUUUUUACAAAUUAAAAUUAAAUGCAUGCAUUUCACUAUUUCAUUUACAACAAUAUUCAACGACAUUUUCCGAUUCAUGAACUAUUCAACACAGGUUGCAUUGUGGACCACCAUCGAUGUCAUCGGCGCAUGCAACGCAUCCAAAUUCUAUCACGCAUGACAUAUAACUAUACACUCGAGGUCUUUAUGAAGACAAAGCCUUAGCUAGGAUUCAGAACAAUAAGUACUUACAACUGAUAAAUGUACAGAAGAAACAGAGAUAUCACCAGUACGAAAGGAUACAAGGAAUGCACAUACGACAUGAAUACGAAGCCAAAUGCGGACAAAAAAAAAUAGAAAAGCUGGUAUCAACAUCAUAGUCAAUGGAGGCACAGUGAACAUGAACUGAUGCAAUGCUUACUCAAACACACACUGAACAAGAAAACUAAAGAAUUGCAC